GUAAUAUAUUACACUGUAUUUCGUAACAUUUGGACUAGCAUGAAGAACCACUAUGGCCGACAACAACAGAGAGCGAAUUUGGGACUUUGAGAAGGCCGCGUACUGGGAUGCGCGAUACAAGCAGCGAAUACACGACUCCAAAAAUGAUCAUGGGGAGGAAGAAAAGACAUUCGACUGGCUAUGCACCUACGAGGCGUGCGCACCCAUAAUUGCCACACACAUUGGAAGUGCGAGACUCGGACUGGAUAUCGGCUGCGGAAAUGCGCUUUUCGCAGAUGCAGUGUGCCGAGCACACCCCCAGCUGCAACUUUUGGGUGUGGACUACAGCACAACGCUCUUCGAGCUCGUGGGCUCCACGCUCGGGCCCUCGGGGCGCACCGACUGGAUGGUGAUGGACGCACGGCGCCUGGCGUUUCGCAGAUGCUUCGACGUGGUGCUCGACAAGGGCUGCCUGGACGCGCUGCUGGCGGGCUGGGACCAGCUGCAGGUGCUGCGGGGCUGGGGCCGGCAGCUCACAGAUAAGGAGGAGCGGCUGGGCGAGGCGGCGCUGGCGAGCGCGCGGGCGCUGCUGGCGGAGGUGGCCGGGUGCCUGGUGGAGGGCGGCAGGUACAUCUGCAUCAGCUACGAGGCUCCGUCUGGUCGUCAGCAGCUGUUCGACAGCGUUACAAGCGCCGCCGCCUGCGGGGCGGCUGGCGGCGUGCCGCUGCCGCUGCGGCUGGUGGAAAGCGCCGUUGAGCAGGAGAACCAUAACUACGUGUACGUCUUUGAGCGGGGCGACCCGCAGCGUCAGCAGCAGGAGGACGAGGGGAAAGGGCAUCGUGAGCAGGGGCAAGGAGAUGUGGAGGAUGAGGCAGAGCGGGCGAGGUGAAGAGACGUGUAGCAGCAGGAGCGGUAGCUGUCUAGUGGCGAACAGAAGCAGGAUAGCAGCAAGAUCAGGCAGACAGGUGCAGCCUUUCGUGCGCAGUGCCAUGUGUAGCACUGCGUGCAACACUCUCCAGUUGAGCGAGAGAGGCAAGGGUUGGGAAGGAUGGGUAGUUUAAUCCGAUGGAGGGGCCCAAGCUAUACCAGCAUCGAUGGCAGCAGGUGGAUAGGCACAGCAGUCCGGCGUCUGGACGUCGGCUGGCUGCCUGCUGGCCUCCGCGUAGCCCUUCGCGUUGGCGGCCCUGCAGCACGUGCAUGCUGGCAUAACCAGUUGGCUCGUUGCCGGCGCCGCGGGUGAGGCCUCCACAUUCAUUUGUGAUCCUACCUGAUUGAUCCUGCCAGUGUUACCUUAUCCUGUCACCUGUGUCGUUUGUCCUCAGUGCACGCGGCUAAACCUCCCAUUCCACCGUAGGUUACAUUAUUGCUGAUGAGGGAGCGCACAAAGGCUGUCGUCGACUGAUGGAGAUGCGCUCGGAGCAGUAGCUAGCUCGUAGCGGGAAGUGAGCCGGCCAGCGGUGUACGCACCCAAGGUUGACAUGGACAACUGGGCAGAGUCUUAGACGGUGCCAGCGGUUAGGCCUCACAGCAGUUAGGGCUUGUACGGAUGAAGGACA